CGGGCGCCUGGAGGACUGGCUGGUGGUGCUGGGCGCGCCACGCCAAUGGGAGGAGGCGUAGGUCCUCCAGGGCGAGGGAAUCCCUGGGAGAGGGGCUGAGAAGGGGCUCAGAGGAGAUGCCCAGAUUCCCCAGGGAGGGGCAGGAGGCGUUUGCGCCCCAAACGCGCAGCAAGAAAACUGCACUAGCUGGGUGCCCAGAGGAGGGGAGGAUGCAGAGGGAGUGGAAUGUGAGUAUCGGGUCCUCUGCCCAGUCUGCCUAUCAGAGUGUACGGGUGUCUGCACAGCUUGUUGAUUUCGGGGUGCUGGGCCAUCUGCUAGGAUCUGAGAGUCUGGAUCUUGUUGGGUGGAGCCGGGAAGAGACCAUGGGGAGGGUCCUGUUUACAAAAUGGUUAAUCUUCCCACUGCUCUCCACGCAGAUUACUUUGCGCAGAGCACUGCUCCCCAGAGAAGUCCCACCCCAAGGCAAAGGAAACCCCAACUUUUCUUCCUCUCCCCAGAGGCAGCCUGAGGUAGCCCUGAGACGGGAGCAUAGCUCUCUUGGGCUGCAGUGCUGAGAGCCCCCUCUUCCCUCCUCACACCAAGCCUGUCUCCUCCUCUUCCAGGAUUUGCUGCUCUCUCUGCUGCUCCAUCCUUCCCACAGAGGCCCUCUCCCCUUUCCCAACACAAGAUGGCAGCCAGCAGCUCUGAGAUCUCUGAGAUGAAAGGGAUAGAGGAGGGUCCCCAGACCCAAGGAGAAGGGUCUGGCCAUUCUGAAGCCAGAACUGGCCCUCUCCAGGUCCCAGCUGGGGUCCCAGAUGAGCCAGAGGCCCUGCACCCAGGCCCAGACAUCACUGGGGCCCCUGUGGACUCAGAGCCCAAGACUGGGCUGGCUCCAGAAACCACAGAGACCCCAACUGGGGCCCCAGAAACAGCCCAGGCCAGAGACCUCAGCUCAAGCCCAGGAGGGGAAUCAAAAGCCAACUCCAGCCCCAAAGAAGCAUGCCAAGAACCAGCAUCCAAACCCGAAGUGAGCGAAGAGGCCACUGCAGACCAGGGGUCAGACCUGGAAUCUGCAGCCCCACUUGAGCCAGCCUCAGAGCCCACUCCCCAGCUGGGCCCCCAGUCAGUCCCUCAGCCAGACCCCCACCCAGGUUCCCAGCCCACCUUCAAGCCAGCUCUUCAGCCGGAGCCCUCUACUCAAGCAGAGGACCCCACUCCAGUCCUCACAGAGAGUGUGGGGGAAAAGCAGGAGAAUGGGGUAGUGGUUCCCCUGCAGGCUGGCGAUGGCGAAGAAGGGCCAGCCCCCCAGCCUCAUUCACCACUCUCAACAAACGCCCCCCCAGCCAAUGGGGCUCCUCCUCGUGUGCUACAGCAGCUAGUUGAGGAGGAACGACUAGGAAAGGCUCACCGUGGUCAUCUAGGAUCUCCCCGAGGUAGCCUGAGCCGCCACCCCAGCUCCCAGCUGGCAGGGUCUGGGGUGGAGGGGGGUGAAGGCACCCAGAAGCCUCGGGACUACAUCAUCCUCGCCAUCCUGUCCUGCUUCUGCCCCAUGUGGCCUGUCAACAUCGUGGCGUUCGCUUAUGCUGUCAUGUCCCGGAACAGCCUGCAGCAGGGGGACGUGGAUGGGGCCCAGCGUCUGGGCCGCGUGGCCAAGCUCUUAAGCAUCGUGGCACUGGUAGGGGGGGUCCUCAUCAUCAUCGCCUCCUGCGUCAUCAACUUAGGCGGUGAGUGGGGGUCUGGGACAGGAUGGGAGGAAUGGAAGGGUUGGCAAGGCCAGCUCUACUAACCCCUGCCCCUGCUCUCUCCUGUCUGUCCUCUCUACUUCUCCUUUGUCUCUCCUUGUCUCUCCCCCCUACUGUUUCUGUCCUUCCCUUCCUCUCCUCUCCCACAGUGUAUAAGUGAGGGGCUCUGCCCUGCAUUCCAAGAUUUUUCUUCCUGUUGGGAGCUGCCUUGGGCCCAUCCUCCCCUUGGGGGAGCCCAAUCGAUGGCCCAGGCCUGCACCCAUAGGGACCAAGGGAGCCUGAGCGGCCUUGUUUACAGCUUCCUUCCUGCUCCUGCAUCCUGCCAGGCUCCUCUGCCAACUGUAGGCCUCCUUUCUCCCUGCACUGUUUCCAGCCUUCCUGCACUUCUGCCUGCAUCCCCUCCAGCCUCUUGGCCUCCCUCUCCCUGCACUUCUGGAAACUUCCCUGAACACCUCCCAGACUCUCUUUGCUCUCAGCCUCCCUGCAUCUCUGCCAUCCUUCCUGCACUUCUUCCAACCUCCCAAAUUCCCUGCACUUCAACCCUGGUCUCCCCUCCUAACUUUCAUUGUCUUAGCAUCUUCCCUUCCCUCUCCACACCCUCCUCCCCCUUUCCCUUCUUGCCUCCUCCUCUCCCCUCAGCAUCCUUUCCUCCCCUCAGGAUCCUCUCCUCCAUCCUCCUGCCACCGCUUAUUCUGCAAAGACUCCAGCACUUAGAUCAGUCUGGGGGAGGGGAGCGGUGCCUUGAGAGGGGCUCCCUAGCCCUGGGCUCCGCCUAUUUUCUGCUGGGACCACCCCGGCCCAGACGCCCCCAGGGCGCCUCGCGGGUCCCAGAGCUGGCAAGCCAGGCCUCGUUUGGGGACUUGUGCAGGUGUGGGGAACACUGUUUCGAACACGCAGUGGGAGAAGGGAAGGGCGCGGCUGUUGACCACCCCCCCUCCCCCCCAGGUCAGCCUGAGUUGGCCUGUUUGACCUGGGCUUUUUAACCGAGUCAGCGAGUUUCUUAAAGGCGUUGGGGCUGGGGUCAUUCACGUGCUUUGUAACGAAAGAACCCCCAAGAUAGGACCAAAGCUCCCAGCUGCAUGGAGCGAAGGAGGGGCGGGGAGCUCUAUAAUUUUCUGACAGGACGAGGGAGGUUUGUUGCACGCGACAGCCCGCUGGGGAGGCAGGGACCCAGCUACGACGCAGUUUCGAGUUGGCGGUUUUUUUGUUUUCUAAAAAAAGUGUGGAGGGAAAAAACUACAAGUCUAAAAAAAAAAAGGAUACAUCAAACUGAUUGUCCCUUUUUGUAUGCCGGAUGCUGCAUGAGUCUGAAACACUAAUAAACGGAGACUGCAUGA